ACUGUUCUGUCCUGCCUCCGUCGCGUCAUCCACGGGAGAGGGGAGGGUUUCUGCUCCCUGCGCCACGAACCGGAGCGUAAGCAGAGGACGCGAUGAGUGACUCGGUGUCACUUCGGCCGAGGUGGUGGACCCGAGCCCCGUGCGGACGAGCCGCUUCUUUUCGCGCAGUAAGUUGAGGGUCGCGCUGGACCUCUGAGACCUUACCUUCGUCUCGGGAUCAAUGAACAUGGAGUGAUUGCAUACAAGUAUUGGAGAUCGGAGGAUUAUCACUCAACUUUGAGGGACCAGGCGACUCGGUGCAGAGCGCACGGAAAAGACGCACAUGCGUAACCGCUUUUGCGGUCGAUUUUCCUCCCGGCGCGCUCAUGUGGUGUGACCACUGCUCCCGGAGCUGAGGGCCACAGUCAGGGAUUCUGCAUCCUGUCCGUUUUGGAGAAGAGUCGUGGUGAAGAUGCAGCGGAGGGAGGUGUCGCAUCUGUGGCUUCUGACCCUCACCGUGGUGUCGGUCAGCGGCUUCCCUGCCGACUCACAGCGGACUCCAGUCGGAGACAGAAACACGUCUGCGUCUUUUAGCGAGGUGACAGCAAAGCGUGGCCACGGAGACGAUCGGCAGACUCUCCAUGAGCUGCAGCAGGAGAACCUGAUCCAGACUCUGCCGUCCAGUCCUUCUUCCUUCAGGUCCAGACAACGCUGGUCCCAGCACUCUCAGCAGGGUGUCCUCCCCCCUCCAGAACCCGAGGAGGGCCCUGAGCCCUUUAUCCUGGACCUGAGGAACUUUCCAGAGCUGGCCAAUGCAGACAUGGGCUCACAGAACCCAAACAUCCAGCUGACCAUCGAGGUUAUGGACGACGGCCAAACUGGGACCGAGGUGGAGAUGGACCUGGCCAAGGAAGGUCAGCGUAACGACUGGUCAGUGUCGUCCUCAGAGUGGGCCAACAGCCACAAGAAGCUGUUCUGGCCACUGUUCUGGGAGUACCCGGAGCAGUCGGAGAACGGGCUGGAGAGAGCCACUCUGGAGGAGCAGUCCGAGGACUACAACUACGACCCGGAUGAGCUCGUCCUCAGUGGAGUGGGGGGAGAUGGAGGGGGGCCCUGGAACAAAGACUGGCAUGCCAAGGAUAACUAUGAGUACGAGGAGGAGUGGAGCCACUGGGCUCCCUGCAGCGUCACCUGUGGACACGGCACCCAGAAACGCACCCGAUCCUGCGGCUACGCGUGCACUGCGACCGAGUCUCGUACUUGUGACCUGGAGAGCUGUGCCGACACUGUGUUUUCAGCAACUGUGCCGACAUCCAUCCAGACCACCAACAGCACCGAUUUCCUGGACACAAAUGUAGACAGCUGUGAGAAGUGGCUAAGCUGCAAAAAUGACUUUCUUCAGAAGUACCUUCACCAAGUGCUCACGGAACUCCCCAGCUGCCCCUGCUCGUACCCCUCUGAGGCCGUUUACAGUGCCGUCAACAUCCAGGAUGACAAACUUCACAAGACCUACCGCUGGAGGGAUGCGAGCGGACCCAAGGAACGCCUGGACAUCUACAAACCAUCAGCCCGAUUCUGCAUCCGCUCCAUGCUGUCGUACGACAGCACAACGUUGGCAGCGCAGCACUGCUGCUACGAUGAUCAGAUGAGACUCAUAACAAGAGGAAAAGGAGCAGGAGCACCAAAUUUAAUCAGUACAGAGUUCUCACCAGAGUUGCACUACAAGGUGGAUGUACUGCCAUGGAUCCUAUGCAAAGGGGACUGGAGUAGGUUUCACUCAGUAAGGCCGCCCAAUAAUGGUCUGGAGUGUGCAGAUAACCCCCCUGAACAAGUGUUUCAGGUUGAACUUCAAGAGGCCAGGGAGUACUGACACUGUGGGGGUGUGGAGUCUCAACAAGAAGGGCAGACGACAGGAGGCUGAAGUUGUGGUUUGAAAUCCAAAGCACAAUUUCUAUUGUCUAUUGUCGUAAUCCUGGAUAAGCACAAAGAAACCUGAACUACAAAGCUUCUGUGGUCCAUUCACCACGGGUGAACUCCUGUCCGCUCUAAUUUUGGAUAAGACAUACCUUUCAAAUCAUAUGAAAAUAUGAAUGGAUGACAUGGAACAACAAAGACUGGUGAACUGGAGACUUUAUUUUGUCAUGUGUAGACUAUUUGUUCAGAAAAUGAAAUAACACUGUUGUUGGAACCAUUGACCAUGUCCACAUUGGAAAAAAACGGUGUUACAGUUUGAUGUGUAAGUAUUAUCAGCUAAUCCCCAUCCAUGUAUGUUGAUGUGUUGAGCUGAACGUCUGAUGGGAAUGUCAAAUGUGUGUGUGUGUGUGUGUGUGUGUGUGUUUACGGAGGAUAUGCUUAUUUAUUGGCCCCUUAACUAUUUUAAUCAGAUCUAGUUGUCCCAUGAAAUGAAUUCCUGUCAAGCGGCUAAACAGGUAAUAAAGUCAAACAAUUGGAA